AUGUCUACCAGAGAUUGCACCCGUAUCACGCCUCAAUGUCCAGUCGAAUACACGAUCUACGGCUACUACCCCAAUCUUCCUGGCAACGUUAUUCUUUGCGUGGUAUUCGGCAUUUGCAUGGUUCUGCAGGUUGGAUUGAGCAUCAAAGGACGCACCUGGACUUGGCUCGUUGGACUCUUCAUCGGCUGCGCGAUUGAGUUCGCGGGCUACAUCGGCCGCAUCAUGAUGCAUUCGAAUCCAUGGAACGAUAUUGCUUUCAAGCAGCAGAUCAUCUGUCUAAUUCUCGCGCCGUCGUUCGUUAACGGCGGCAUCGACCUGACCCUGAAGCACCUUGUCCUCCGCUUUGGACCACAGUACAGCCUUAUCAGGCCCGCGAUGUACACGUGGGUUUUCAUCGGGCUCGACGCCGUGUCCAUCCUCAUACAGGCAGCGGGAGGAGGCAUGGCAGCCGCAGCAAGUAUCGAAAACGUGAGCUUACUCAACAUCGGAAACAACUUGAUCCUGGCUGGUAUCGCCCUGCAGGUUGCCCAGCUUGUUGCUUUUGGUAUCGUGAGCUUGCAUUACGCCUAUAACGUCUACCGGCAUCGGAAAUUAGGCGCUUUUGACGGUGCGGACGCUGUAGUACCGGGAAGGUUGAAGUACUUCGUGUCCAUGGUGGCGGCAGCAUAUUUUCUCAUCCUGAUACGAUGCAUCUAUCGUAUUCCAGAGAUGUCAGGAGGAUGGGGAAGUGAACUGCAGCGUGACGAACCACUGUUCCUGGUAUUGGAUGGAAUUACCGUGGCCAUCGCCUGUAUCGCACUCACGGUGGCGCACCCAGCUUUGUGCUUUCCUGAAAUGGGGCAUGGCAGAAAACUCAUAUUUACAUCCGAGCCAGAAAGUGACGUAGAAAAAUAG